UGUCUGUGUUCACAACCGACGCGAAUAAUCAUCGUAUUUCCUGAUUUUUACCGCCCGCGGUCAGGACUACACAUUUCUGGGCGUUUCCAUGGUGACAUCAUGUGAGCUGACUGACACGUACUGUUUGUUAUAAAAAAAAAAAGUAAAGCAGGAAGAAGAAAGGCAGUGAAACAGAAAGCUAACAGCGAGCUAGGAAAGCUAAGAGGAGACAUUGUCCAUUCAAGAAACUCAAGGUCUUGUUUCCUGGUUCCAUCAUGAACGUGUUUGACCGCAACAUCAACAUUGAUGCUCUCUUCAAGUUCUCCCAAAUAUCUCAUUCUACCCAGGCACACUUGAAGAAUGUGUACGCAAGCCUGGCUGUCUGCAUGUUUGUGGCUGCUGCCGGCGCCUACGUCCACGUCGUCACCGGCCUCUUUCAGGGUGGCGUGCUGUCUGUGCUCGGCUCCCUGGGGAUGAUGUUUUGGCUCGCCAUGACACCACACAACCCUGAGACAGAGAAGAAGCGACUGGGCAUGCUCGCAGUAUUUGCCUUCCUCACAGGUGUCGGCCUCGGCCCCACACUGGACUUUGUCAUCGCUGUCAACCCAAGCAUCAUCAUGACGGCUUUCAUGGGAACCUCCGUGAUUUUCAUCUGCUUCAGUCUCAGCGCUCUUUAUGCCAAACGCAGGAGCUACCUGUUCCUUGGAGGCACACUGAUGUCCGGCCUGUCCCUCCUGUUCCUGAUGUCUGUGAUGAACAUGUUCUUUGGAUCUGUGAUGCUGUUUAAGGCACACAUGUACCUCGGGCUGCUCAUCAUGUGUGGCUUCGUCCUGUUUGACACUCAGCUCAUCAUCGAGAAAGCAGAGAACGGAGACAAGGACUACGUGUGGCACUGUGUGGACUUGUUCCUUGAUUUCAUCACCAUCUUCAGGAAACUGAUGGUCAUCCUUGCCAUGAAUGAUAAGGACAAGAAGAAGGAGAAGAAGUAAAAGGUUUGAGUGGCUGAACAUUAAAAACAAUCUGUCAGACAAGGCACAAUUUGCAACGCACUUGGUGCUUUUCACUUUCUGUCUUCAUUUAUUGAAUUAACUCCUAUGUGGUCUUAUACUAUUGAGAAAUUCUUUUUUUGAUUUAUUUUUUAAAAACUUACAACAAGGGUUGAAUGUAAGUUUCUGGUAUGCUAAUGCUAGUCCCAUCAUGGCUGUGAAUGGAGAAAUAGACUAAUGCUGCAGUGAACACGCUUGGCCUGUAGAGGGCAGCGUUGCCCUAUGAAGACUCCCAGAAGCUGAGCAGAAGAUUUGAUAUCACUGUUAUUUAGUGCCAUAAAUUAAUGACAUGAUAGGCUCCUUUUUAGUGGGUCGUGUAAGCUUCUGAGACCGAUUAUUGUUUUAUUUGAAGUUAUGUGAUUUUCAGUCGUUGAUUUGCUUAUUUAUCGUUUUUCCUCAGUUGUCUUUAGUGGAUAUGGUGUCCCAUUAAUUUUGACAACAGAUUCUCCCCCUUUUUUUGAGAAAGUUCCCCCGUGAUUGUUUUUGUUCCCGCAGAUUUUGUUUUGUGACCAACAUUUUGAGUAAAGAAUGGUGAAGUCUGGUAACGCUAACCAUGAAAACCUGUCACAGUAACCGACUCAGACUCGCGGCCACUCGGUGGUCUUGGAUUUUGGACUUUUGGCUGGCGGAGGAGAGUCGGUGCCAUCUGUCCAUAUUCUCAACCUAGAAAGAACGACAGGCGAGUCUUUCAGACCUCUCCCACUGUAAAUCUCUCUUUAAUAUCUGUUGUCUAGAAAUUAGUUUGCCAAAUGAUAUGAUGUUAACCUUACAAUUAUUUGAAGGUGUAUACUGUGAAGAAUUUAUUUUAUUGAUGUAAAAUUGAAACUAAUAAUUUGAUACAUUUGCUCAAAUAAAUGUGUUGAACGUAUUGAA